ACUACCGAGGAGCGCGUCCGCUCUCUCGGGCCGCGCCGCGGUGCAUCUCGGGAGUUGUGGUCCUAGCGCGGGGAAGGGGAAAGUCGCCUGUGCGGGCAGGGCUGGGAACUGGGAAGCAACUGCAAAGAGAUUGCAAGGGAAGAAGGCUUGCCCCGUGUGCUGCUGGAAAGGGCGGGCAUUUUGAAGGCGAGGUCUUUGCAGCGGCAGCAUGAAGAGGAGAGGAGCAGCAGCAGCAGGGGAAGAGCGAGAGAAAGAUGCCAAGAAGCAGAAACUCCUUCAAGAACUCGGAGAGAGUCAGCUGCCGUAUCUGAUGCCAAAGGACGAUGGCUUCCACCAACUGUGGAAGACAAAAUAUUCUAAACUCGUCCUCAAAAAUGCUGGGGAAAUCCCCCAAGAGGUCCACACAGCAGUUGAAGAAGCCUUUUUGACUUUACUGAAGUGUGGUUGUUUCUUCCAAGAUCUCGUGAGGAUCAAAGGGAAAGAUUUCGUUACCCCAGUAUCUCGUAUAUUAAUUGGCAACCCGGGAUGUACUUACAAAUAUUUGAACACAAGGUUAUUUACGGUCCCUUGGCCGGUGGAAAGUUAUGAAAUAAAUUAUUCUCGUCCUGAAAUAUCUCGGGCUUGUAAGGCAUUAAUCAAACUUAAUGAGUACUUGCACCGAGAAACCGUCCAGGCUUUGCAGCAGCAGAAUUUGGCCGAGACAAAGGAAAUUGAAGAUUGGGCUGUCAUGGAUAGGCACCAGGAUUAUGCGACUUCCAUUACAGAGAUGGGGUCCACUUUGCGAGAUCAAAGCCCCUUUCGUCUCCUGAAGAAUGACUGCGCUGAUCUGAAAGAGAGAACCUCUUACAACCUGACGUUAUUAAAUUAUAUGGAUCCCCAAGAAAUGUCGUCCUUGAAACGAGAGCCUUAUUUUGGAAUGGGAAAAAUGGCUGUCAGCUGGCAUCAUGAUGAAAAUCUGGUUGAAAGGUCAACAGUAGCUGUCUACAGCUAUAGCUGUGAAGAAUCUGCCACUGACAACCUUGAGGAAGACGCUCCAAAGGGUAGAGACCCAGCAGUUUGGCAUGUUGGCUUGAAAGUAGCUUGGGACAUCAAGACUCCGGGGUUGGCCAUCCCCCUUCGCCAAGGAGACUGCUAUUUUAUGCUAGAUGAUCUGAACAUGACCCACCAACACUGUGUCCUAGCUGGUCGGCAGCCAAGAUUCAGCUCAACGCACAGGGUGGCAGAGUGCUCACAGGGAACCCUGCAGUAUAUUCUGAGCGAAUGCAAGACAGCCCUUCAGAACUUGCACACCGAAACCGACUCGGGACACCUGUCUUUGAAGCCACUGGAUGUCAAAGAUAUCAAGCAAGUGGAAGAAACCCAUAAUGAGGUUGAAUUUGAGUGGCUACGGCAAUUUUGGUUCCAGGGCAAACGUUAUAGAAAAUGCACUGACUGGUGGGAUGAGCCGAUUGCUGCUCUGGAAGAAUUUUGGAGACAAAUGGAGCUCAUGACAAGUCUACUGCUCUCUGAAAUCAGGAAAGAAGAACACACGGAAGGACAAAGAAAUGAAAGAAUCAGAUGCCUCUUGUCCUUGAUUAUGGAGCGGCAGAAACUGCGCGAAGAAUGGCUCACGAGGUGCCAUUCCCAACUUGCAGAGAGUUUACCAGAGGAUGAAAAGCCAGAAUGCCGCCCUUAUUGGCAACAGGAUGAUCCCAAUAUGUUGCUGCCAUUCAAUCUUGAAGAUGUGAUCAUUGAGCUAGAGAACCUCUUGAAGACGGUGGAGUGCUAGAAGAAGGAGUACAUUUGUCAAAAGUGGACAUGGGCAAGUUCCCCCACCCCUCCUCACGUUGGAUUGUCUCACAAAAAGGCUGAACUAUUUCCAAUAGUUCAAUAGUCCAGUAGUUGGGGGUGGGGAUACCCCUUAUGGGUAUCUCCACCCCCAAGCAAAUCUGAAUUUACCUUACACUAGUCCUCCCGUUCCCUUUAAACUCUUACUGGCCAAUGUCCAUUACUGUUGGGCAGACCACAUUUCCCAAGGGCCAAUGGGGCUUUUUGUCCUGGCGUGCUGGAAGUACAACCAAAAGAGGAGAGGGAAAAGAUCUUCUAUCCUCAUGACCAGAGAAAGAUCACUGCUUCUGCCCUGUCUGUCAAGGGGAGAGGGAGGGUAUUUGAGGGCUGGAUGUGUCGGUGGGAGGGAGGGAGUUUGGAGGCUGGGUGUUGGGAGUGAGCCAGGAAUUCAUUUCAGGCUCUGAUUUUAAUCUAAACCGGAGAAGAAUCUGAGGUCUCAUAAUGCCCCCCCCCCUUUGAGUUAAGCAUCUCAAAACCCUGAACCUUGUUUUUGCCCACAAGUCCAGCAACCUUUGCUGGCGUCUCUACCAAUAGUUUAUUUACAAAAGGAUAGCAAUGGAACUAUAUCUUUAAAAGAAACUAGAUCGCUCUAAAAAAAACAACAACCAGUAAGCAAUAUUUCAGUUGUAUAAUCAGUUAAGAAAUUAACCAAAAAGUGCGCCAUAAACACUAGAGCUUGAAAGUAAGAUUAUCAGUGAUUUGUUUUGAAGCUGGAGCAGCAGGCAGUGGCAUACUGGGUUUUCAGAUGGGAUAUGCGAAAUAAAGAACCAAUUACAAAUUGU